CGGCGUCGAGCGGACAUUUUGCGAGCGGGGACGGCGGCUGGAGGGUCGGGGAGAGGCGUCGCCGCCGUCGGGGCUCAGAUCAGACAAGAUCAGAAUGGCUCCUGGCAAAUUAAUCCAGAACAAACACUGCUCCCACUAAUGUCCAGUUAAUAAAUAAAUGCAACUCCUGAUUAAAUUGUGUUGACCAGAAUUCCACACCAGUGUCCACGUAAUCCAAAGAUUUAUGCAAGCAUGUGGUCACUUCCCAGAGCUUUGAGCCUGCCAGAGGACCUCGCCUGCCAGAGGACCUCGCACUAAGCAUGGAAUUGGUGAAGAAUAUUCAUUCUGGUCUCCCUCUCCCUGAGUCGGAGUCUGAUGCCCACCGGCUUUCCCUGAUCCGGGGGGAUUACCUUUACUACCACUAUGGCUGUGAUGGCACGGAUGACUGCGGCUGGGGCUGCGGAUACCGGACAAUGCAGACUCUAUCCUCUUGGAUAAUUUUACAGCAGACUAACAGAAAGAACCACAGGGUGCCCACCUUAAGAGAGGUGCAAGAGGCGCUUGUUGAAAUGGAAGACAAGCCUCCCAGUUUCAUCGACUCCAAGACUUGGAUCGGCUCCUUUGAAAUCGCCUUGUGCAUCGACAAGUUCUAUGACGUUCCCUGCAAGCUCAUCCACGUGCGGCAAGGGGGGGAGCUGCUGCAGAAGGUAGAAGAGCUUCGCUCGCACUUUGACACGUUGGGAUCCCCAGUUAUGAUGGGCGGAGAUAGUGACAGUGCUUCGAAGGGAAUUCUGGGAGUUUACACAGGGUCGGAGAAUCACUACCUGCUUAUUCUGGACCCUCAUUAUUCGGGGAAAACCCUGGACAAGGAAUAUGCUCAGAGGAAGGGGUGGGUUGCCUGGAAGAAACUGGACUUGUUUGAUCAGAACUCAUUCUAUAACUUCUGCCUCCCUCAGUGCAAAGGUGUGUAACUGCUCAUCACUGGGGCCCACUUCAGCUGCUGACCAAAAUGUCUCCCCAUCCGCUGUUGUGACAUGACGUAUUUACAGAGCAACUUAAUGGAAAAACUGGGUGAAAUGAAGCUGCUUGGCUCUGAACUGGCAGUCUAGAUUAUCUGGAGCUCUUGACUGCCAAUUUAAGUGGCUGUAGCUUCUCCCAGUAAUGAAGUCAAAGCAUCAAGCAGGAACAUCCAUUCCUUCUGACUUCAGAAAGUUUCAUUUCUUACCAUGAAGAACUUUCCAGCAAUUAUACUAAUUGGUACUGGGGUCUGGCUAUUACUGAAGUACAAAAUCCAUUGUUUCCAAUGGGAGGUAAUACUCCACGAAGGUGCUUUGAUUUAAGUUAAACCACUGGAUCCUUUUGCUUCAGAAAUUGGCUGCCCAAACCUGACUGAGGGCAAGGGGAAUAAUCCAUGUGUGACUGAAACCAGCAAGUUGCUUUUCACUCAUAUGAGUGACGCUGGCAAGGCUCUUCCUUGGUUGCCUGUGAUAGGACACUGUUCUGAGAGAUUUACAGAUUAGCAGCCCAGAUUCUCCCUUUGCAUCUGAAUCAGUAUAAAUUGAAGGCAGGCGUCACACAAGUACCAGAUACAGGUCAUCUGUUGAAUCUAAAGUGAAACAAUGUGCUGGAAAUAGUCAGCUGGUCAAGCAGCAUCUGUGUAGAAUGAAACAGUUAACAUUUUGGGGGAUUUACCUAUUUCUCUCCCUCCACAGAUGCUGCCUGACCUGCAGAGUAAAUCGCACGAACUCUCAACCCAGAAAAUAAUUGGUCCUUCUUGCCAGUGCUGGGUUUUUGAAAGGAAGUUGUGCUUGGUUCCAUACCCUUGAAUUUUGUCCAUAAAUUUGUUUUCUAAUCUUUGUCCUUAUCCAACUCCUUUUUGAAAUGAUUUACAGAAUCAAUUUCCAUCAUUCUUGGGAAAAAUCUGGGAACAAAAAAUUCUCAUCUCCCAUCUGGAUCGAUUGACAGCAAGUUUGAAUCUGUAACAUCUGGAUACGAACUCUUUCAAAACCCAUCAUCCUGCCGACCUCUGAGGUCUCCACUAAUGCUGGAAACUCCCCCAUUAUUUCCUGCAUUUUGUCUAUUGCAGGCAUGAAUUUUUUAUUACAUUUUAUAAAAGAGCUGACGCACACAAGUCACACAGUACUAAAGGGAGUAGAUUGUUUUUAAACCAGUGCUGGGUGCUUACAGAAGCUGAUAGUGAUCCAUACAAACCAUGGUGCCAGAUAGGAUGCCAGCAUUACUUGUUUUCUGUAGCACAUGCACAGGAGCUAACAGGUCCACUAAAUCAUACCAGAUGGUGUAACCUUGUCCUCUGUUUAUGGAAGCCGUCCACGUUUCCCUGCUCAAGUUUUAUUUUAAACAAAACUCAUUCCAAAAUGGCUCCUGCUCUUUGCAAUCGUGCUGCAGAAUAGCUGGGCAAACCAGCAGACAGGAGCACAGGUGGAAGAAACCACGUCAUUGAUAUUUAAACUAAUUUGCAAUCUGGCCAGAUUUACUCUAAUCAGAUUUCCUUAGCGGCUACAGUCAUGUUUUACAUCUGCAUUCUGGAGUUGCCUCUCUGUGGUGGGAAUUAAAGCACAUCUUGCAGAUUUGCCUCGAAUAGUUGUGUUGCAUAGCGACUGCCCUUGAGUACCUGUUAGUAGGUUUGACCUAAUUAUGGAUAACACCCUAGAGACAAAAGGUAGGGAUGUCGAUUUAACUUCAGAAAAACUAGCCAGGAGAUUGCAGUCUCUCCAGUUCUGGGAAUAUCAGCAAACAUUGGAGAAACCUAAUUCAGCCUGCUGGAUCCUUGUGAAAGGUGCUGCUACUGAUGUCAGUAAUAAUUACCUGUUUGUUCAAUUAUUGUAAAUUUAUCUGUGAAUAAAUCAUCUUGUAACUCUA